GAGUAGUUUUCAGCGAAAAUCGUCGAAAAUAUAACGAACUCGGCGAAAUCCUGUACAGACGGUUAACGCUGUGUUCCUUUCUCUUUUCUUAAUAGUCGUUUUACAUUACAUUACAUCGAAUCCUGGACUUUUUAAUCCGAUAUUUCUUUCCUACGAAGACUCCUGUCCAUUUUUUAUGUAAAGUCUCCUGUCUUUCGUGUGAACAGUCUUGUCCUCUCGUCUCCUCUUCUCUUUCGGACGAACCGUCUUAUUUACGGGAAGACCCGUUAUUCAUUUAGAUCGAUAAUUCUUUAUUUUUUCCUGCUCAUUGUUUUUUUUCCCGAAGACUCAAGAGUCUGAAGCGCCGCCGCCGCCGCGCGAGCUGCCUAUUCCAGCGGCCCGGUAAGGUCACGGCUUCUUCGUCGCUCCGAUCGUUUUUUGUUUUUUUUUGAUUCAGCGUCUCUCCGUCUCUUCGCUUUCCCACGUCCUUGCCAGCUUUCGUCUGCGCGUUCAGUCUGCUGGUGCACUUUUUUUGGCGGAAGGAUUCCCGGGUUUGAGGGAAACUCCCCGAGCACAAGCAUGCGUUAGCGUUAGCGUUAACGCUGGAUGUCGGGUUUUAUUUUCUAGCAUCGUACAAAGCGAGAGCGAGAGAAUAGUUUCAGUGCUCGACAGCGCAACCUCCCAACACCUCGUGGUUCCUGCAAGCUCAACCACGUGCGCGCACACACACACACACACACACACACACGCACACACACGCACACACACGCUGACUCGUAUGACGUUUCUGGAGUUCCCACGCUGCGUAACAACUGCUGCGUCACCAAACCGCUUUUUUUUUUUUCUCUCCCCGCUCUCCAAGGCUGCCUUCUCAUAGUGCUCAUAAUGCGCCAUCUUCAACCUCUCUCUCUCUCUCUCUCUCUCUCUCUCUGUCUCUCUCUUUCGUUCUUUUUCUCCUUCCUGUGUCUUCGUGACUUUUAUCUCCCCUCUUGGUUCUCAUGCUUUCUGUUCUGCUUCACUGUGGUCAUGACUGAAGUGCGCUCUGAUUUAACACGUAGCGGAUGAGCGUGUCUGUUGGUCUGGUGCUUGUUCUGCACACCGUUCUGUCGCUGCUCUGCUGCGUACGGUAGAAACGUUAAGUCGGUCCGUCCUCGGAUCUAGAGGUCCGGGUCGCCGUUCGCGUUCGCGUUCGAGAUCCAGGAUACCUGUCGCUGUCGUUAGAAGACCGUACGCUUGGAACUCGUACCCGACGAGCCUUUGUUUUUAAAAUGGUGCCCGUGCUCCGAGUUAUAUAACUACCCUGGUUUAUUACUCGAGGCUGAGCAAACCUUGCCCUGGAUUUAGACCCAAACACGCGGCUUGAGGUCAUGUGACGAGCCGUUUUAGUAGAUGAUUGACAAAGUAUUGAUCGUGCGAGGUCAGCUGACUCGAAUUUCCAAAUGGGGACGAUUCAGCAGUGUUGUUUAUCUUCGGAUCGGCGCGUGAGGUUAUUAUAAGCGGCGAAAGGUAACGCAAAAUAGAAUCGUAAUCACGUGAGGUCUGUGUGCGUCCACCGUUUUGGUGUAAUGAGGAAUGUCAGCUGCACUGCGCUGUGCAUUUCUGACUUUCACUGGUUAUCCUGCAUUCCAGGCCGACUACGUGUGUGUGUGUGUGUGUGUGUGUGUGUGUGUGUGUGUGUGUGCGCACAAGAGUUCAGCGCAGUCCAGUCCGGCUGUUGCAAACCGCCGAGACACAGAUGGUCGCUGGUGAUAGCACAUACCAGAGGCAUUGUUUAGGACAAGCAAGCCAGAGGAGAUAAUUGACAGCCUGAGAGAGAGAGCGAGAGAGAGAGAUAGAGAGAGAGAGAGAGAGAGAGAGAGUCCCAUCCCCCAGCAUAGGCUCACAGCCGCACAGUGUGUGUACACACACACAUACACAUUGUGCAGAGCACGUGCCCCCCCCUUCUCCUUUCCCUUCACCCAACCCCCUUCUUCUUGUCCAUCCUUCUUUCUCUCUCUUAUUCUCUUUCCCAUUCUCUCUCCAUGUCGCUCACCCGUUUCCCCUCCUCCAUGUCUGUGGUUCACCCUAGCAGCAGAGUCGACACCAGGCUCCGAUUGGUGGCUCGACUCUUUCGUGCAUGACGUAGUCAAGCGUGUAGGAGCGUAUGAGUGUGCUCGUGUGAGUGUGUGUGUGUGUGUAGGUGGGGAGGGGGGGGCAUUCACAUCGGUUAGCUAAAGAGAGACAGAAGGAAAGGGAAAAGAGAGAGAGAGAGAGAGAGAGAGUGGGAGGGGUAGUGUGUGUAUAUCUGUGUAUUACUGUGUCUGUGUCUCUGUGGGUGUGUGUGUGUGUGUGAUUGCGUGCGUGCGAGAGCGCGCGCGUGUGUGUGUGUGUGUGUGUGUGUGUGUGUGUGCGUGUGUAGAGUGCAGUGCCGAUAGUGAUCACAUGGGCUUUAAAUAAAACCCUCCUGUGUGUAUGUGCUCGACUCGACCCGCAAAGGGGAGGAAGUGAGAGAGAGUGAGAGAGAGAGAGUAGAGAGACAGAGAGAGACGGAGAGAAAGAAAGAGAGAGAGAGAGGGAGAGAGAAAGAACGAGGGAAGGAGAGAGAAUGGACGAGUGAACACAGGAACAAAAAUUGAAGAAAAAAAAAAAAAAGAAGCACAAGAUGGCUUCCUGAAUGGACAGAAAAAGAGAGUGACAGAGGAAAAAUAAGAACGAGAGACGAGCAGAAAGACACACACACAUACACACAGAGAGAGAGAGAGAGAGAGAGAGAGAGAGAGAGAUAGUUGAGAGGCUUUUGAUGGGGAUACGACUAGCUGGUGGUGAGAAGAAAGCAGCAGCAGGACUGAGAGGGCGGACCGUUUUGACGACGGUAUAAGAGUGCACGCCUCAACCCCCAACCUGGCCACGGAGACUGUUUCAGUGGUGGGUUCAGUGGAUGGCCCCAGCAGAAGUGGCCAGAUGGAAAUUGACCAUGGAUGCCUGGAGAAAGGCGUGUUGAACCAGGAGCUGUCCAAUGGGCUGAGUCGGCAUGGAGAAGAAACAAAUGGUCUUGAAGGUGGAGCUUUGGCAAAGCUUAGCCACCAGCACCAUGAAACAUUAACAUGUCUUCCCCAGACACAGGGAUGGGGGCCGGGGAAUCAGAAAGGAGACUACCCCCAGCAGAAUGAGGCAGGCUGGAGUGACCAGAACACAAGUAGCUUGGGGAACAGUGUAGACAUGGAGAAUGCUAGAACUCUGGUGGCCUUCUCAGCUAGUGCAGGUUCCCUACCCCCUUGCAGUGUUCCUCAAUCUUCUCAUAACCCUAAUACGCAGCUGUAUGAGAAAUUCAACCAAGAAAUGGCUAGCCGAGGGAAUGGGGAUAAGCAAAAAACAUGGAGUGGUGAUGAUCAGCACUGCACUUCAGAGGAUCUUAACACCCUCCAGAUGGCUUUAAAUCAAGCCCGUCAUGGUCACAAGCCACCAAACUGUGACUGUGAAGGACCUGACUGUCCUGAUUACCUUGAGUGGCUGGAGAAGAAGAUUAAAAUGGCAGGCAAUGCCCAGGAAAAGGGUCUUUGCAAGUUAUCAGGUGCUUCUCAGACAGAGCAACAACACUAUCAGUCUCAGCCACAACCUCAAUCCAAUGGUGCAAACAACUCUUGUGGAUCAGAACCACAGUCACAGAACCCUGUUAACCAGCCUCCAGUCCCAAGACCUUAUGGCCCCCUACCACCUAUUCCCUGUUCUCCUAGUGUGCUGUCCAUCGCUAAAGAGAGAAAUGUCAGCCUACAGACAGCUAUUGCCAUUGAGGCACUGACCCAACUAUCCGGCACUGGUGGGCCUGUGGGCGAUUCAACAUUUGGAAACUCCAACCACCAUGCUUCACCUCAGCCCCCCUCUCAAACUCAAGAUGGUCUGCGAUUGAUUUCUUCAUCACCUGGGUCCCUUUCGUCAUCAUCAUCUGCUUCCAGUAUAUCCCAAAAUAACGCCUCUGGUCAUUUCCCUCAGCAGAACUCUGCUUCGUGGGAGCAACACAGGCCUGAGUCACAGGGUCCUGCUCAUCACUCCUCCCAAUACAGGUCAUCCAACUCCCCCUUUUCAACCUCACACCCAUCCACCCCUAGUCCAUCGCCCCACCAGUGGCAGCAGAACACUGGAGCAAGCUGUGAGAAAAGCUCUCCUAGGAAUCCAUGGAUGUUGAAUUCUGAAACUCAGGCUUGUUUUCCACACCCAUCCCAUGGCAGCAGUGACCCAAUGUCUGAACUGAAACAGCUUCUGGGAGACAGCAGUGGAAAGUACAUUAGUACUACCUUCAAGUUUCCUGCCCCACCUCAAAAUUUGAAGGACAACCACCCGGUGAUGCCUCAUGUCAAACAGGAGGUCAACAAUGGGGACUACCCAGGUGAGAUGGGUGCAGCAAUGGGCCAGUAUAGGAUGAUAAAUAGUCAGCAGCAGUUUCAAGGCCAGCAGAUUUCUCAGUCUAUUAGGUACUCAACUCAGGCAGCACUGCAACAGCACCUUCAUCAUAAACGUAACCUCUUUUCUGGUCCUCAACCUUUUGAUCUGCGAGCAUCGAUGACGUGCCAGACUCUCCGCAAAUGGUGGCCACAGUCUACACCAGAGAGUGCUCAAAACAUCAAACAGGAACCCAGGGAACCCAAGAAGAAAAAGAACACACAGAGUUCUCCUCUCCUCAAACAGCCUGUGGGUGGACUGCUUGGUUCAUUGGGCCCACCUCUUCCUAAACCUAAACAGAUCGUUAUUAAAAAGCCCAAGCAAAAGGCUUCUCAGCCUACCUUUCUCCCACAGAGUCAGAUCACAAUCCAGAAAUCAGGCGUGUCAGUGAGUAUACCAUCCCCAUCCCAACUUACCCCAUUUCUACCUGUCAUGGAGGCUGCACUUCCUCCCUGUCUACCCCCAUAUAACUCCUCUCAGGUGGUAGCAAGCCAAGCAACUCCAGCCCAAUCUCAGGAAUCAAGUUUGAACAGCAGUACUAUCCCCAUCUCUGGAAUCACCCCCCUAGCUUCUAGCCCUCUUGAUGUCCCUGUGCCCCCUGCCGAGGAUGGACUGACUAGCUCAGACCCCACCACUGUAGCUGAGGGUGCCCUUGCCACCACUUCCCCGAGUCAGACAACCACAUCUCAGUCCACUCCACCUCUAUGUGGUCUCAAUUCCCUGGAUCCAAAAUUCGAGGAGCUGAUUCGUCAGUUUGAGGAAGAAUUCGGGGACACAUCUGCCCCUGUCACAGAUGCUCCAGAUCAGGGCCUUGCUCCUUGUGUUGUAACUGAGUCACACCCAAAUUCUAACUCAGGACAAGCCAGACCCCAGUCGCCAUCCAUAGAAAAAUUCAACAACCUUCCUGUCCCAACAACCGAGCCUGAACCCAGCCCGAAGCGGGCUGAGGGAGAGAAUGAGAAGUCAUCCAUGUCCUACAACCAGCUUUCUACCAUCAAACAAGAAGUUGAAGAGUGUGAAAUAGAUGCUAAGCCCUCAGAUCAGCUAUUGGCUCUGGCAACGGAGGCUUAUUUGCAGCAGCAACGUCACAAAAUCCUUGUAAACCCCUUCACCACGACCUGCUCUCCUCCAAACAAACGCAUGAAGAUUGAAUCAUCAGGUGGUGUAACUGUGCUUUCCACCACUGGAAAUUUCUCCACUGCAGGGGAGAAUCUAGAAACGCCCACAAAAGAGAGUUUUCCCUCAUCCCCUUCACUAAAAGGUUUUCUGGAGUCUCCACUACGCUACUUAGAUACCCCAACUAAGAGCCUUCUGGACACACCUGUAAAGACUGCUCAAGCAGAGUUCCCCGCCUGUGAAUGUGUGGAGCACAUUAUAGAGAAAGAUGAAGGCCCAUACUACAAUCAUUUGGGAUCGGGGCCAACUGUGGCUUCAGUAAGAGAGCUCAUGGAGAACAGGUUUGGAGAGAAGGGCGAAGCUAUCCGUAUAGAGAAGGUAGUAUUCACAGGAAAAGAAGGCAAGAGCUCCCAGGGAUGUCCUAUCGCGAAAUGGGUGAUUCGACGUAGCAGCGAGAAAGAGAAGUUGUUGUGCCUGGUGCGCCAACGGGCCGGGCACCAUUGUGUCCACGCCGUUAUCAUCGUUGUCAUCCUGUCAUGGGAGGGCAUCCCAAAGUCUCUCGGUGAUAAACUUUAUCGAGAGGUCACCGAGACGCUCACCAAAUACGGCAAUCCCACCAGCCGGCGUUGUGGCCUCAAUGAUGAUCGUACUUGUGCGUGCCAGGGAAAAGACCCCGAGACCUGUGGUGCUUCCUUCUCUUUCGGGUGUUCUUGGAGCAUGUACUUUAACGGGUGUAAAUAUGCCCGCAGCAAGACCCCCCGCAAAUUCAGACUGCAAGGAGAACACCCCAAAGAGGAGGAACUUCUCAGGGAUAACUUCCAGGAAUUGGCCACUAAAGUGGCUCCUGUAUAUAAGAAGCUGGCCCCUCAGGCAUACCAAAACCAGUGUGUAAGUGAGAAAGUAGCACCUGACUGUCGGCUGGGGCUCAAAGAAGGACGUCCCUUUUCUGGCAUCACUGCAUGCUUGGACUUCUGUGCCCAUGCCCACAAAGACCAACAUAACCUCCAUAAUGGCUGCACUGUGGUUUGCACUCUUACAAAAGAGGACAAUCGGGCAUUGGGUGUAAUCCCAGAUGACGAACAACUUCACGUGCUUCCGCUUUAUAAAAUAUCUUUGACGGACGAGUUUGGCAGUGAAGAGAACCAGCGCCUGAAGAUGCAGAACGGAGCGAUCCAGGUGCUCAGAAAUUUCCGACGGGAGGUCCGGAAGCUUCCCGAGCCAGCCAAAUCCUGCCGGCAGCGGCGGCUAGAGGCCAAGAAAGCUGCCUCUGAGAAAAAGAACAAGAAACAGCAGCUGUCGGAAACACCCGAAAAGACGAUCGAGAAAGACGGUUCUCUGCAAGGCAAUAAAGGAAUUCCAAAACAAGAGGUGAAGCCCACCAUCAAAAAAGAAUUGGUUGACCACUUUCAGGCUAUCAAUGGAGCCUUGGAUGGCUACCCACCCCGUGGGAAUGCCAAAAUGUGUCCUGAUCCCUACAGUAUGAAUGGUGCAUACUCUUCCUAUCCUGGUCCCUAUGCAAGAGUUAGUCUGCCUUCCAACAGCCAAUCUUCUACACAUAGCCCCAUCAAUGGCUUCCAACCAAAACUCCAAGGGAUGCCCUACAAUUACUACAACUAUGCUCCGAAAGGUCUUUUGCCCCCUGAGGUCUUGGGUUAUAUGGGCCAUAAUGGGAUCUGUCCCAAGACUGCUGGAGACGAACAGAAACCCAGUAUCCAGAGUCUUCAGGCCAGGCUGGUUUCAAACCAUGCUGAUCACCACCGCCAACAAGGAGUCAACAUGGCCAACCACAGCUACCUACACCAGUCUGAGCUUUCUGAGUCUCCAGCACCACCUAAACGUGCUCCAUCUGCACCUCCGGAUCAGAUGCACCGUAUCACACCAAUCGUCAAGCAGGAGCCCAUGGAAGUACCUCUAUAUGACGGCAGAACUGAUGGGCAAGUCAGAAGUUGCCCCGUCACUCCCAGCGUCACCCCACAACCCGACACCUGGCCGGGGCAUACACCCAAUGGCAGCUUAGCAUCUACGGGCUGGGAUAGAACUCUCAGACCAGGUCCAACUCAUUCACCGUAUACUCCAGAAAAACAGAGGCUCCACCAGCAGCACCAUAGCCAAAUUCAGCAUUCUAAAUAUGCCCAACAGCAGCAGCAGUGGCGCUCCUACCCUGGUACUCCAGUAGCCUCCCGUGAUUCAUCUCCAGCUCCUUCCCCUCACCCAGCUACCCCGCAACACUGGGGCAGCCCUGCCCCCAGUCCACAGCCCAAGGCUUGGGGUCAACCAGGGUCCUUGGGUUAUAGGCAUGGGGGACUUAGACAGGGAACCCCUGUUGGGGCUUUCCCAGACAAGAUGUUGGCUGAGGCAGCAGAGAUCCGAGGCUCCACUCCCCUGGGCCUCCAGGAGAAGGCAUGGAAAUCUGGAGGUGCCUCUGCAGCAGGAAGCAAUCCAUCCCCUGCGCCAGAAGGCCGUCUGUUUCCAGAUGCACUGCAAAACGUGAACGGAGCAGCAUGCUGGGAUAGUGAGGUGGAAAGUGAACGAGAGCCCGAAGAGGAGGAGGUGUGGUCGGACAGCGAGCACAACUUUCUGGAUCCCAACAUUGGAGGAGUAGCAGUGGCUCCUGCGCACGGCUCCAUUCUCAUUGAAUGUGCCAGACGGGAGCUACAUGCCACAACGCCCUUGAAAAAACCAGACCGCAGUCACCCGACACGCAUCUCCCUGGUGUUCUACCAGCAUAAGAAUUUGAAUCAGCCCUGCCAUGGACUGGGACUGUGGGAAGCCAAGAUGAAACUGCUGGCUGAGAGGGCAAGGCAGAGGCAGCAGGAGGCAGCUCUUCUGGGCCUUUCACAGGAAGACAUGAAAGCUUAUGCCAAGAAACGCAAGUGGGCCGACGGAUUAGUGAGUUCCACCUCUGAGUCAACCAAGGACAAACGGGAAGCGAUGACACGGCUGGCCCCUACGCAGCACACCACCACGAUGGUCACAGUGUCGCCCUACGCCUUCACUCGGGUCACAGGGCCCUACAGUUGCUUCAUGUGACCUCACAGGGGCAGGAAUUGGAAGUACAGGAUGGAAGAAAGAAAAAAAUCUCACACUCUAUGGUCCUGU